CGAAGCAAUCCGAAGCCAGCGCGAACGCAUCGGGAGACUGGUGCGGUACCCUGAGCUGUGUCAAUGGAGAGGUGAGGCAGCGGCGGCAGUAGAGUUGUAACAGUGGUUAAGGGAGGAGGGACGCCGCUUGCGCUCCUGCUCUCAUCUCCCCACGUGUGUUAAGUGUAUUUAGUUAUCUUUGUCACUGAUCAUGUGCCAGAAAACAGAGAGAUAUGUGCACUAGAAACUCGAGUGAGCCAAGUGCCUCGCUGUAGGUCAGUCAGGCUUUAGAGAAAAUUAUUCUGACUAGUAGAGUAAAUGUUUACUUCUCCGUUUCGUGUUGCAUUUUGUUGACAACAUCAGUGUGUGUUGAUAAAUAGCAGUGUGAAAGUGUGUGCGUUGAUAACUUGUCACUCGCCUCAGCCAUGUACGGCAUUCGCCUCAACCCCGAGACCCAUCAUGUCCAGCGCAGCACCGCCGCCACUCCCCAUGACUCCCAGGCCCAGGAGGGGUCCACGCAGUACCCAGGGCGCAAACGGGUAUCAGAGAACUACCAGUGCACGUCCUUCACGGAGUACAACAACAAUGAGGUCUUAUCUGGUAGUAGUAAUAGUAGUAGUCUGCUGUCAGAAAGGAUGCUGCCUAAUGGUGGUGGCAUGCUGUCCAGGUCCACCUACUCCCGCAGCACCAUGCUGUCAGACACACGCAUUGCCCAGUCUGCAAUCAUUGCCAGCAGCACAUUGAGGAAGGAAACAGUGUCUAGCAGCACCUUAUGCACUACGGUGGGAAGCAGGUCCAUCACGGGCCACACUCACUGCAGUGGGUCCACACGAGUACCGGUUGUUUAUGUAGAGGCAGCUGAACGCGGGGCCGAAUGUCAGUCUGUCCGCCUGCAGGAGGAAGAGGCUAAAUUCUGUAGAGGCGUGGGCAGCAGUCGGGAAAAUGGUCACCAGGGCGGGGCGAUGCGACGCUCCUUCUCCAAGUCCGCCAAUGACCUGCUACACCGAACACGCUCGCCUUCGGGGGAGAGGUCGAGCGAGCCGUCACCCAAGGGCUCGCCAACCCUGGGUACCCGUAAGGCGAAGGAGCAAGACAGACCGAGAGCCAACACUCAGUCUCGCCCCGCGCCUUCCUUCUUCACCACAUUCAAGAGAGUUAAAAAGAUGGCCGCCGAGUUCAGACUGAAGACCAAGUUCCAGCGGACCCUGAGUAAGGAGAGCAAGGUGGUGGCGAGGCGGAAAGACGUGUUGCUAGACGGUGUUAGGAGCAACUCGCAUCCAGAUGUGAGUGUUGAGAGACAGGACAGCACCACAGACUAUGCAGCAGACAACUCCUCAGCGGAACAGUCCUCCUCGGGUACGCCUCUCACCAUGUCCCCGCGCCGUGGUCCUCACCUUGCUUCUGGCAGACACUACUCAAACGAUCCUAACACACUCUUUGAAAAUGGGGAAGACCCCAUAGAGACUGAGUCUCGCAUUAUGGAGGAACUGCCUGGGGAUCUACUGGUCUCUACUGAAGCAUCUCUUGACCCAGAUACUAGUGGGGCACCAGGAGAGUCUGGAGAUCAAGGAGCCUCCAUAGCAUCCAACUUCUCCCCACCCACACCUGCCCGUGCUGCGCACUUCACCAAUGACACUGCAUCACCAAGUCCCCUCCUUGGGCGUGGGACGGAGAGUGACACCUCUCAGCAGCUGAUGUUGUGUGAGGGUGAAAGUGUGACGGUGGAUGCCCCCUCACCCCUCCAGGCCUCAUCCAGCACCAACACCACCGUCUGUGAGGUCUGGUCAAAGGAGGAUCCAGCUGUGCAGCGGCAGCGAGCCCUCCGCCAACACUCCUUUUUCCAGCUCCACAUCCACCUCAAGCGCGGCCAAGACCUGGUUGCCCGUGACGCCUGCGGUAAGCUCCUCCCCCAAUACUCGUCCUACCAGUCAGGAGAAACUACGAGAGCAGGCACCAGCGAUCCCUACGUGAAAUUCAAGGUUGCAGGGAAGCUUGCCUACAAAUCCAAGACAGUAUACAAAGAUCUGAAUCCCACAUGGGAUGAAUCCUUCACUGUGGGCAUAGAGGAUCCCUUUGAGCCCGUAACAGUAAAGGUGUUUGACUAUGACUGGGGUCUGCAGGAUGACUUCAUGGGUUUGGCUACCAUUGACCUCACCACACUCGAUCUUGACAAGUGUACAGCCGUGGAGCUGCCCCUCUCUGAGCCCCGCAAGGCGUCCCCGCCCUACAUGGGCAAGCUGUACAUGAGCCUCACGCUGCAACCAAAGACCCAGGAGGAAAAAGAACAGGUAGGUGAAGCUUUCCUCUCAGUGCCCUGUGCCAGAAAGAACAGCAACAGACAUGUAUACGUGAGUGUUCUGAUUUUGUUUUUAUGAAAAGUAUAUGUUUGCAAAUGUUAAUUUUUCUAGAUAGCAAUAAGAAAGUGAAUUACAGAGGACACAUAUUAUCCUCUAGGGAGUUUGCAAAGUUAGUUUUCAUAGAUAUCAAUGAAAUGUGAAUGCAGUGGGUAUGAAGAGAAUUUGAUAAGGUAAGUAUAAAUUAUUUAUUUAUAUGUAUAUAUGUAUAUUUAUUUAGCUAUUUAUUUCUUUGUACAUAUGUUGUGUUAAUAUUCUCAGCACAGUUUGCAUUAAAAGAUGUAUGCUGACUCUGCAGUUGGUAUACUGUCAAAAUGAAUGUCAAGAAAUUAUCAAAGCAUAAAUAUGGUAUUUUGCUUCAUUCCUGAGCAUAAAAGUCAUAUUAAAUUACAAUUGCUGCAACACACUGGGAGAAUAACGAAUAUAGUUGU